UUGGGCGGGUCACGUGGUCGAGUCCAAGAGCGACCUGUGGUUUAACGUUACUGUAAUGGGAGAAACGAGAAGAGGGGAAAGGAAGCAAAGAAGCGAAUAAGGCAUUUUUGUCCAAACGACUGCUGUUUGCUGGAUAGUUUCACCUCUACCGGCUGUUUCUAAACUGUAAAAGGGGAUCCUACGUUCAUACAAGGUUUGCACUCUCACCUGCAAGCCAAUGUAAGUCGUGUUGAGUGACUGCGUGUGAAAGGGACCACCACCGCCCUCAUGUCCUUUGGAGGAGGCUUUCCCGGACGCACUGAGCGUGUCCGCCAGUCGCCCUAUUACGACCAGGUUCCUCAUGAGCCCUUACCCCGCGCCGAGCCCUAUGACCUGAGGGAGCAGGGAGCCCCUCGUCUGGCCCAGAGCGCGGACCCACUUCCCCCUCCGCCGCUUCCUGACCAGCCUCCUGUCGGCCCAGACUUUGACCCCAGCGGCAGCGAGGGAGACACCGAGCCAGAACUGGACCCUGCCCUCGACAUCAAGCCGGUUCACCGGUUCAUCCCGGACUCUUGGAAAAACUUCUUCAGGGGGAGCAACCGCAGCAGCAAGAAGGCCUGGUCCAUGCCUGAGUCCUCCUGUAACAACAACAACAGCACCAGUGAGGGGGUACGUUGUUCCCCCCCACAAUCCCCCUCUCUUCCUGGAUCCUACCGGGAUCCCUACGGGGGCUCAGCUGGAAGCUACAACUCCCGCAAGGAGCUUUUAGACGCCCAUGGGUCAGUGUCGGGGCACACACACCGCACAGCGCUGACCUACAGCGAGCGGGUAGAGGAGUACCACCAGCGCUAUGGCUACAUGAAGUCGUGGGCGGGGCUACUGAGGAUUCUGGGCUGCGUGGAGCUGCUGCUGGGAGCGGCGGUGUUCGCCUGCGUCUGCGCGUACAUCCACAAAGACAAUGAGUGGUUCAACAUGUUUGGAUACUCUUCUCCCGGAGGAGGGUAUGGGCCAGGCCUUUACAGCGGCGUGUCAGGUGCUUCGUACUACAGCGGACCCAAGACUCCGUUUGUGUUGGUGGUGGCGGGGCUGGCGUGGUUGGUGACGGUGAUCCUGCUGGUGCUGGAGAUGACCAUGUACUACCGCACCAUCCUGCUGGACUCCAACUGGUGGCCCCUGACUGAGUUUGUCAUAAACCUGGCUCUGGCUGUGCUCUACAUGGCAGCAGCCAUCGUCUAUGUCAGGGACACAACCCGCGGAGGACUCUGCUCCUACCCGGUCUUCAACAACGGCAUCAACGGGGUCUUCUGCAGAACCGAGGCCGGUCAGACCGCAGCCAUAAUCUUCCUGUUUGUCACCAUGGUUGUGUAUCUGAUCGGGGCCGGUGUUUGUCUGAAGCUGUGGAGGCACGAGGCCGCCCGCAGGUACCGGGAGAGGUACGGCCAGGAGAUGCAGCCUUCUGAGGUUCACGCUGUGCGGUCACUGAUGGUUCCAGAUUCGGCUCCGGCUCCCAGAUUUCCCGAGCAGGUCCAAGGCUCUUCUGUCGUUCCCAUCCGAGCUGCACCAAAAGCACUUGUUCCAAAGGUUGUGCAGGGAGCGAUACCAUCAGGACACAUCCCAAAGCCCGUCAUUGUGCCGGAUUAUAUUGCGAAGUACCCUGUGAUCCGGUCUGACGAGGAGCGGGACCAGUACCGGGCCGUGUUCAACGACCAGUACGCAGAGUACAAAGAGCUCCACGCGGAUGUGCAGCUCACGCUGAAGAAGUUUGAUGAGAUGGACGCCAUGAUGCGCAGCCUGCCUCAGCAGCCCACCACCCAGAUGGAGGUGGAUCGCAUCAACAGAAUCCUGCAGGAGUAUCAGAAGAAGAAAAACGACCCGACCUUCCUGGAGAAGAAGGAGCGAUGCGAGUACCUAAAGAGCAAACUGUCGCACAUCAAGCAGAGGAUACAGGAAUAUGACAAAGUGAUGGAGUGGAACGACGGCUUUAGCUAAAGAGCUGCUGUUGCUAGCAGAAUAACAGCAGUGGUAAGAAUGGCACUAAAGUGGCAAACACAGCCUAAUUGAAGCUUAAAAAAAGCUAAUGAGUUGUUUUAUGUUUUUAAUCUGCUGCCAGAACGUCUGUAAGCAUUUAUCAAAGCUCACAAGUGGGGGAAAUAAUGAGGGCAAACAUGCUUCGUCAUUUCUGAGGAUGAUGUGAUUUGUUUUCAUGUGUGUAGGUGGUCUGUUGUCGUAUCAAACAGCUGGCUCCAUGUGACCGUGAACAAGAUCUCCUAAUCAGCACUUCAGUUCUUUUCUUCCCCGCUGUAGCUGUGCCCAGAUGCUGGAUGAGCUCACGCACCACACGUGUGCUGGUACUCCACGCUCAGUGCACUCCCAGUAGUUUAGGGACCAGCACAUGUCUGGAGGACAGAUUUACACGCUGCUUUUUUUAUUUUAUAGAGACUUGACUUUCCAGGCUCCGUUAAAUAAAACAUACAAGAAAAUGUUUGGGAGGAUUUCGAUUUGGGGAUUUUAGUACUUAAAAGAUCCAGCAGCUUUCAAAAUAUUUUUUUCUGGACUUUCCACAUUAAAGGGCCAUUAAUAAUUUAUAGUUGGGAGAGAAAUGACAUCACAUAGCUGCAAAUCUGGGUUUUGCUACUAUUUUAAAACAAAGUCAAAAUGCUUAUGGAGGUGAUGUUGUAAGCCUUAUGCCUUUUACACUAACAGUUACCAUGGUGACCAUUAUUACUGAACAGCCAUCCUUAAUUUGGCCCCCAGCCAGUGCAGAUGAAUGCUUUUUGUAAUUCCUUAGAAUGUGGUUUUCUGUUUUUCCAUUUUUAUCUCUUGUUUUUUUAGGAUGAGAUCUUCAGAGAGCAGUUUAUAUUUUCUUAAAUGAAAAACAAAGUUGGGUACCGUACAACACAAAGUAUUUUUGUUUUAUUAGCCUUGUUUCCAUUUAAUGUUAACAUCAUAGAAGUUGGGAAAUAAACCUCCAAUGGCUCUUUAUUUUAAAACAGCCUUGGGCACACCUAUUCUUUACACUUGGCUCACUGCAUUGGGGUUUUUCAAAGAAAGUCUUUUUAUUAACAGAAUAAAAUAAAAAAAAUUCUAGAUCAACAAGAAGACAGCAGGAAGCACUCAACUCAAAAAGUGAGGAAACUACAACUUUUGUUGAAGGCAAACAACUUAGACCUCUGAUAUUUAGUUCUCUUCUACUAUGUUUCGUUAGAGUAUUAUAGGUUUAAUUCCUGAAUAGUUUAAAAAGAUCACUAUAAAAUGAAUUGUUUUGAUAAUUAAAAUAAAAACUGGCCAUUGAGUACUAUUAACUUGAUGAUUAUGUCCCUGGGUGUAAAAAGUCUGCACACGCCUGCUGUAGAGAAUUUUUCGUUUGUUUAGCUCUAGAAGCACGUCUGCUGGCUUAAUAUUUAACACCUUGCUGAUACUGAAAAAGUUCAGGUUUAAGCCUCUUCACAGCAAAAAUGUCCCCUCCAAAGAUGAUGGCUGCCCUUAGGAGAAAACAGAAAUCUGACCUGUUUUUGAUACAAAGCCUUUCUCGGAGUAAAGAAUCUGAACUAGUGCUGAUGGGAAGGUUUGUUUUGGGGGUCGUGUGUUUAGUUCGCCCAGCAUUGUGUGUGUGUCCUUGCUUGUGGACUUAACAGACAAAUGUGAGAAAACCCACAAGCUCUUCAUUCAAAAAUGGUCUGAAUAUGCAAUUAAUUGUGAAAACUGUUGUAAGACUGACUGUAAAUGUAGCCGAACCCUAAAAUUUCAUGAAAGGCACUGCGGGUGGGAAUCACUGGGAAAUCCUGGAGAGAACCCAAAGCGUUGCCUUGGUCCUGUCACUGUUUACCUCCUCUUCAUGCCGGCCUCAGGAGCUCCCUGCCAGCGUUGGUGCUGUCUGUUUAAAUACACGUCCUGCUUUAAAUGAACACCACUGCUGGUGUAGCAGGAGGAUCGAGCUGCUGUGAGGAUUGUUUUUACCGCACACUGUCCUUUGUUUAUGCAUCUGUGUCUUUAAUGUGAAAAUUCCACAUGGUUUAGUGAACGUGUGAUGUGUUGUUCUACCAUUUCAGGGAAUAAAAAUAAUACAUGUUUUGUACUUUGUCACUUAGGAAAUCCUACUUAUCUUCAUUUCAGUUCUUUUUUUUUAACACUGCAAGUAUCUAGAGUGGAGUUUAUUUUUGUUUUUGUGUAAAUAUGUUAAGAUCAAUCUGCAGUUUUCUUUUCUAAUGCAAGUAACCGCCUGGUGCCUUUAGAUGCAGCUCUGCUGUUUCAUUUGGUAGACGACUCUAAUGUAAUUGAAAUUACAUGGUAAAACAACAAAUGACUUAAAACCGGUUUUGAGUUCCUGCUCAAAGAAUCAUUCAAAAAUGUUAAAUCUUUGCAGCUUUUAACAUGUUUUCCUCCUCAAAUAAGUAACAUAUUUGUGCAUCCUGACCAUAUUAGGAAUAUUCUUCCACCUUCUGUAUUCUGAACUGUCUGGUCAUAGCACAUUUUUCUCUUCUGCUCUGUUGCAGAAUAAAUCAAGUUGGAUCUCUU